CGGGGCCGGGCGCGAUGGGGCCUCGGGCGCUCCCCCCUGGCCGCGGCGCUGCGCUGCGGCGCGCACGGGCUCGGCGGGCUGCGAUUCGGCCCGCGGCCGCCGCAGGAAGGGCCGCUCCCGCGCUCCCCCGCCCCUCCCCUGCCUGCUGCUGACGCCGACGUCGUCUGCGGGAGCCGGAGGGACGCGCCGACCGCGGCCGGGAGGCUCCUGGGGGCCGCGGCGCCGAGUAGAAGACAAAGAAAACAUGUCAGGACACAAAUGUGGUGCCUGAACUGUAGGAGUGGAGAGAACUGGUGUCUGGCUUUAUCUCUGACUUACUGGGGCACUGAGCCAAGCCAGCCAGCUGACUGGGUCUCACUUUCUCCACUUCUGAAAGCAGCUAUCCCUGGGACAUGCAGGAUCGAUAUGCUCAAGAUAAGUCAGUUGUAAAUAAGAUGCAGCAGAAGUAUUGGGAAACAAAACAGGCAUUCAUUAAAGCCACAGGGAAGAAGGAAGAUGAACAUGUUGUUGCAUCUGAUGCAGAUCUGGAUGCCAAGCUAGAGCUCUUUCACUCGAUUCAAAGAACCUGUUUGGACUUGUCUAAAGCAAUUGUACUCUAUCAAAAGAGAAUAUGUUUCUUGUCUCAAGAAGAAAAUGAACUAGGAAAAUUUCUCCGAUCCCAAGGCUUCCAAGAUAAAACCAGAGCAGGAAAAAUGAUGCAAGCCACAGGAAAGGCCCUCUGCUUCUCUUCCCAGCAAAGGCUGGCCUUGCGAAAUCCUUUGUGUCGUUUUCACCAAGAAGUGGAGACUUUUCGGCAUCGGGCCAUUUCAGACACUUGGCUGACAGUGAACCGCAUGGAACAGUGCCGAACUGAAUACAGAGGGGCAUUAUUAUGGAUGAAGGAUGUGUCACAGGAACUUGAUCCAGACCUCUACAAGCAAAUGGAGAAGUUCAGGAAGGUUCAAACACAAGUCCGCCUUGCCAAAAAAAGUUUUGACAAAUUAAAGAUGGAUGUGUGUCAAAAAGUGGAUCUUCUUGGAGCAAGCAGAUGCAAUCUCUUGUCUCAUAUGUUAGCAACAUACCAGACCACUCUGCUUCAUUUUUGGGAGAAAACUUCUCACACUAUGGCAGCCAUCCAUGAAAGCUUCAAGGGUUAUCAACCAUAUGAAUUCACCACAUUAAAGAGCUUACAAGACCCUAUGAAAAAACUGGUUGAGAAAGAAGAAAGGAAGAAGAUCAGCCAGCAGGAAAGUGCAGAGGCCAUAGCAGAAGAGCCAAGUCAGUUAAUUUCAUUAGAGGAUGAUAACCAGCACAAGGAAUCCUCAAGUUUGAAAACUGAAGAUGGAAAAAGUAUUUUAUCUGCCUUAGACAAAAGCUCUACACAUAAUGCAUGCUCAGAUGAACUCUUAGACAUGGAACCUGAGGAAGGCGCUUGCUUGGAUCCAACCGCGGGGAUGCCGGACCAUGAAGGUGCUGACAAGGAGGACCUGCUGCUGCUGAGUGAGAUCUUCAGCGCGUCCUCGCUGGAAGAGGGCGAGUUCAGCAAGGAGUGGGCUGCCGUGUUUGGAGACAGUCGGCCGAAGGAGCCGGUGUCCACUGGGGCCCUGGGAGAGCCAGACCCCAAGGCCCCGGCAGGCUCAGGAUUCCUUCCUUCACAGCUUUUAGACCAAAAUAUGAAAGACUUGCAGGCCUCACUACAAGAGCCUGCCAAGGCCUCCUCAGACCUGACUGCUUGGUUCAGCCUCUUCGCGGACCUCGACCCAUUAUCAAAUCCUGACGCUAUCGGGAGAACGGAUAAAGAACAUGAGCUACUCAACGCAUGAGCCUGCGGCGAGGGAGGCGCAGGCCCAAGAAGAGAUCAGUAUGCUCUUUGAAUAUUUACGUGCCAUUUUAAUAAAGCGAGAGGGUGAGAGGCCCUGUUUAUAUUGGUAUAUUAUUUACUCUCAUUUGGCCAAGAGGGGCUUAGGGGAUUCUCCACGUGGACCUCAACAGCACAGGACAGUCCCGGAGCGGCUGGCCGCCAGCUGCUCUCCUGCCCACACCUGCACCCCAUGACGAAUACCUUGUCACUCGGCUCCUGGGAGAUGAGACAGAAGUCCGGGUUAAAUAACACGGCCUGCAACCCCCGAGGCAGCAGGAGGCUCAUGCCGCUGACAUGUCUCCUCUCUGCCUCCCUUGUCCUGAGAGGAGGGCUGCAGGGAGACCCUCCUUCCUGCCAAGCUUUCAUCCAGCCAGCGGCAGAGGAAGCUCCAGCCAACCAAAGAAGCGGGCCCCCAGCCCUGGCCAGCUUGGAGGGGCCUUGUUGGGCAGAGGACUGGGGCUGACCUCCUUGGCACAGACCUCCCGUGGAAAGCGGCUGUGUGCACAAACCCCAGUAUGUGUCCUCUCCGUAGCUGGGACUGAAAAGCAUGUGUCUCUGGAGCCCCUCAAGAUAUUGCCAUUUUUUUCUAAUUAAAUGGAACACAUAUUUGACACACAAAGAGAGCGUGUUGU